ACCUAAGAUAUUCUUGCAUUGACGCGGCGGCGCCGCAAGCCUAAACCCUAGCGGCAGCCUCCACUUCUCUAUAAAUCUGUUUCCAAAACCCUGAUUGCAAACGCCUCUCUCGAUCCAUCUUAGACAUUUCAAGAGAGGAAUAGAGGAGGAAGAUGGCAUUUUGUCGGAAACUUAGUGGCUUAGUUGGGCAAGGAAUUCUUAAAAAUAGCAUAAUAGGUGGAUCAAAUGAGUCUUUCCAAAUGCUUAACUCAGUUCGCUAUAUGUCUACAAAACUUUUUGUUGGAGGUCUCUCUUGGGGUACUGAUGACAACGCACUUAAGGAAGCAUUUGACAGUUUUGGGAAUGUGAUUGAAGCAAGAGUCGUCACUGAUAGAGACACAGGAAGGUCUAGAGGGUUUGGGUUUGUCAACUUUGAUAAUGAUAAAUCAGCAAACGAUGCUUUGGCUGGCAUGGAUGGGCAGGAACUGCAAGGCCGGAGCAUUCGCGUUAGCUUAGCUAAUGAAAGACCACCACGGAGUGGUUUUGGAGGAGGCGGUUUUGGCGGUGGCGGUGGCGGCGGCGGCUAUGGCGGCGGUGGCUAUGGUGGCGGCGGUGGUUAUGGCGGUGGAUCUGCAGGACAAAAUGACUAUUGAAGACGUCUAAGAGGAUUGAUUUCUCUAUGAAGCUAUGCUUGUCAUGGCAACUCUUUUAUAUGCAAACAGCUAGUGUCUGGCCUAGUAUUUGAUUUCUCAAACAAUUAUGUUAUGGUGAAGCGGAAAAACCAUCGACUAUUGAUUUUAAGAUAAUUUCAAUUUCAAUUAGCAUCAA